GAUUAGCAUUGAAUUAUUGUUUUGCAACGGAAAAAAAAAUGGAAUAACGCGCAUUGUUCUUCGCCAUAACUGCUCAUUGUUUCGUCCAUUUGUUGUUCUCGAUCGGCCGUAUAUUUAUUUAACGCCAAAAACAAUUAGAGUCGUUAAUAUUGUUGAUAGGAGGGUCCUGCUUUCUUAUGUACCCACUAUUUACAGUAACCAUAGGAACGGCGGGGGGGAUAAAUAGCGUUUAACUUGUUAAAUAUAUUAUUGAAUUUUGAAUUGAAUGCAGUUCGCACUUGUCGCACUUUAAAUUUGUUGUUUUGCGUUGGCGUUUGGGUUUUCGGUUGGGAAAAAAAGUGCCGCGAGAAUUGCGCGCAACCGGAAAUGAAAAGGGCGCGCGUUUUUUCCAAUUUACGUAUGGCGGCGGUGAUCUAGAAACGAUGGAAUACUCGUGGACGAUGGAGGAGCGAAGGGAAAUUAAAUCCAGAAAUUUACCAGGUAUAGAUCGAGGAGAUUUCGUCGGCGGCAUCGACAAUGAAGCUUUGGAUUUUUCGCAAUUGGAAGCGUUCAUCAACAGCGAUGGAUCUCAAGGUAGCGGAACGUACUUCGCGGAAUCUCUCAAUUCGACAACGCCAACAUCGGGAAAGCUCUCAAACGUCAUCGUCGACAGCAAACGGACGCCAGGACACUCACUGCCCGAAAGUCCUCCAGACAGCAGCUCGGAGCAUCCGUACAGUCCGCAAGAGAGCUGCGAUCCCCCGAUCUCGACCUCGGAAGCGAUCUACACGACACUGGGCCAGCCGAUCUACAAAUCGAAUAUACUCAAUCCGAUAAUUAGCGAUAACCUAAUCCUGGGCUCUCACAUCGUUGUCACCGAUCAGAGCGCCGAUGCUCAACUGCUCGACAACAGCGGAAUACUCCAAGACGCUCGAAUUUUAGUCAAUAACGAUCUACGAAACGGUAGCAACCUACUGAACAUCCACUCCGAUGCCGCCAUCCUACACAAUCGAAUCCUGGUGGCGGACGAACCGAACCGUCCGAUCAUCAUACAGAACGGCGCGGACCCGAAUCAGAACUACACCGACCGCACGAUUCUUUUAGAGAAUUGCCCGCGUGCCGAAGUGCGCCGAACGACCAACGAUCUUCUCCUCGUCAAAAGUGACGAAUCGCAGCUGGUGCACUUGGGCUUCACGUCGAACAUCGAAAUGCAACUUCCCCAGCGGCAGCCGUCCGAAGGUCUAUGCGAGACGGGCAGCAUCGACAACAUCCAAGCGGUCUACACCAACCUGCAGAACGCGUCGAAAAAGCGCAAACUCUCGCAGGAUCUUCCGCUCGUCAAAAGCGAGCCAGAGCACUGCCUCCCUAGUCAAUUGAGCCCGCCGGGCACGCUCUCGAGCACGAUCGACGACGACUUCGCCGGAUCCGAGGGAUGUCUGUCGGAGGCGCAGUAUCAGUGCAUACGGUUCUCGGCGUUCCAGCAGAGCGCGUGGCACAUGCUGUGCGACCAGAACCUCACCGAAUUGCCGGCGCCGCACUAUCGGGUCGACGCCGAUAAGGGUUUCAACUUUUCGAACGCGGACGACGCGUUCGUUUGUCAGAAGAAGAACCACUUUCAGAUCACUUGCCAUAUACAGCUGCUGGGGGACGCGCAGUUCGUAAAAACGCCCGACGGUUUUCAGAAGAUAUCCAGCUUUCACCUGCACUUUUACGGAGUGAAAUACGACUGUCCGACGCAAACAAUACGCGUCGAGCAGAGCCAGAGCGAUCGGAGCAAGAAACCGUUUCAUCCCGUUCUCGUGGAAUUAAUCAACUCGCAAGUGACGAAGGUGACGGUCGGCCGGUUGCACUUCAGCGAGACGACCUCGAACAACAUGCGCAAGAAGGGCAAGCCGAAUCCCGAGCAGCGAUACUUUCAGCUGGUCGUCGGUCUGCACGCGCACACGACUCACGGAAACUUCGCGAUCGUCAGUCACGCGAGUCAGAAGAUUAUCGUGAGGGCGUCGAAUCCGGGCCAGUUCGAGAACGACGUCGAGCUCUGCUGGCAGAAGGGGCAGACGCAGGAGUCGAUCUUUCACGCGGGCAAGGUCGGAAUAAACACGGACCGGCCCGACGAGUCGCUCGUCAUUCACGGCAACCUCAAGAUAACCGGCCACAUCAUUCAGCCGAGCGACGUUCGGGCGAAGAAGAACAUCGUCGAGUGCGACACGGCGAAGCAGUUGCGAAACGUGCAGAGAUUGCGGGUCGUCAAGUACGAGUACGAGCCGAGAUUCGCCGCCCAGCUGAAUCAUAUAUGCGAAAGUACCGAUACUGGCGUCAUCGCGCAGGAGGUCGCCGAGGUGCUACCGGAAGCGGUCAGUCAGGCGGGAAAUUUGGUGCUCGAAAACGGCGCGUCCAUCGAUAAUUUCCUAGUCGUUAACAAGGAGAGGAUAUUUAUGGAGAAUAUCGGGGCGGUAAAGGAGCUAUGCAAGGUUACCGAUAACCUCGAAACGCGUAUAGAUCAAUUGGAGAGAAUAAAUCGUAGAUUAAAUAAAUUGAGAAGAGACGAUAGUUUAAAGUCGACCAGUACGGCGAGUAGCGGUAAGCACAUACAUUCCUCGAAGUGCUUCAAGGGCAGCCACUACACGGAUAAAGAGCAAGAACUCUGCACGAAUAAGUUCAUUCAAAUUAUAAUCGUCGUCUUAGUCUUAAUUAUGGCCUUUUGUCUUGCCGCGAUUACGACGCUGUAUUUAAUCGAGGCGGCGCGCCACACGCAACUGCCGCAGGGGAGUCUGCAGAACGGGCACAGGUCGUUCACGACGAAGCGACCGAUCAAGACCGUCAAGCAGAAGACGUGGCAGAACAAUUACUCGCAACAGACGGUGGUGCCUUAUAAAGAGCUCGGAGUGAUCAAAGCGUCUGAGGACUCCUCGAGUAUUGUCGAGCUGCACACGCCGACCAUCGGCCGACCCAACAACUGCUUCGACGUCAAUGUCGGUUUUGAGAACGCCAAUAUUUUGUGCCAGAUACACUGUUGCAUUCCCCCGUCGCCCGAGGACUCGGACGUGACAAUUUACGACCGCAUCCAAAGGCAAACCGACAACCUCACGAAGACCGGCCUGCUGAACAAAGUCGCGAAUCCCUUCCACACGAACAACAUCGACAAACAGCUGCGGCAGAAGCGCGACUCGGACGAUUGGAGCAGCCAAGAUAACAUCUUCGAGGCGACAGAGGAUCACCUGUUCGCGAUCGGGAUACAGGGGAAGAGUUUCAACGUGACGCUCUCGUCGAAAUACAUGAUCAACAACAAUAACAACAAUUUCACCUAUUACAUUCCGAUCUCCAAGUAUAUGGCGGACCAGUACGUCAGCCUAAUCUUUCGAUCCCAGCAGGCGAACAUGAAGGAAAUUGAGCACUGCUACAACGGCUACCGCAAGCACGAGUGCGGCGCCCCGAUCGGUUUCGACGAAAGCAGCAAGCUGACGCAGCGCAAGGUCGACGAGAAAGUGCCGAAUCCGCUCAUUAGCUCGCGAAGUGUACUAUUCGAGGUGGACAUGGUCGGAUACCAGUCGAAGGUUAUGACGUACCGCGCGGCGUUGGGCCAAACGCAGGACAUCUGCAUGCUGUCGCCGUCGAAGGUCGGUUUGGAAUUUAUGGAGUACAACUUUCACUUUUUCCGUCAUUGUGAUGAGUAGCGCAUGCCGUAGCAAACUAAGUCUUCGUGGACUCUAAGCCAUUUACAUAAUUUGUGAUGUCGUCAGACAUAGGUAGCAAUAACUAUGUACUUAAAUGAAUUAUUUAAUAAUUGGAUAGUCGGAGUGGGAGGGCAAGUAGCGUUUAGUCAAAAAUACUCCUGUACAUAACCUCUAAAUGUUUGUUAAAUGUUAAGCGACACAAUUUACCGUUGAUCAACUUGCUAAUAAUAGACCAAACCUGCGAUCCGUCCAUAUGUACAUGAUUGUUAUUUACUCAUGAAAGAAAAUUGUUUUAGAUGAUAUUUUUAAACAGAUAGAAGAUGUAUUCGUACCAAAUUGUAUUUAUUGUAAAGAGACACAAACAUUGAUAAUACUCCCUAGUUUAGAACUUGGCACAUUUUAAUAAAGAAAUAUAUUUUGGUGCACCUAUUAUAAAGUACGUAAAUUUUUUAUAAGUACAAUUGUUUUAUCUACUAUAUAUUUUUAAUGUUUCUUUUUUUUUAUGUUAUAAGUUUUUGUGAUCUGAUCAGUAAGUGUAUAAAAGUUGUGUUAGUUCA